AUGACUGAAGUGUCAUCUAAUAAGAUGUUUGGAGGAUGGCAAAAGGUAUUUUCUCAUCAAAGUAAAGAGUUAAAAUGUACUAUGAAAUUUGGAAUUUAUUUACCUCCAUCAGCUAAUGGUGGUAAAGUACCAGUUUUGUACUAUUUAUCAGGUCUAACCUGCACAGAACAGAAUUUUGUAACCAAAGCAGGAGCCCAGAAAUAUGCCUCAGAACAUGGUAUUAUAUUGGUAGCUCCUGAUACAAGUCCUAGAGGUGUCAAUAUAGAAGGUGAAGAUGACAGCUAUGAUUUUGGUUCAGGUGCAGGAUUUUAUGUUAAUGCUACACAAGAUAAAUGGAAGAAUCAUUACAGAAUGUAUUCAUAUAUAACUGAAGAGCUGCCAGCUUUAAUUAACGAAAAAUUUCCAACAAUUUCAGACAGACAGUCCAUAACUGGUCAUAGUAUGGGUGGCCAUGGAGCUUUAAUUUGUACUUUAAAGAAUCCUGGUAAAUACAGAUCAGUUAGUGCCUUCUCACCUAUUUGUAACCCUAUGAACUGUCCAUGGGGAGAGAAAGCUUUCACUGGCUAUCUUGGUUCUGAUAAAACCGCUUGGAAGGAAUAUGAUGCUUGUGAAUUAAGUAAAACAUACAGUGGACCCCAGUUAAAUAUACUCAUAGAUCAGGGUAAAGCAGAUAAUUUUUUGACACAGAAUCAAUUGUUACCAGAAAGUCUAGUACAAGUUUGUAGUGAUAAAGCUAUACCAAUAUCAUUAAGAAUGCAAGAGGACUACGACCACAGUUAUUUCUUCAUAGCUACAUUUAUUGAAGACCAUAUUAAACACCAUGCUAAAUAUCUAAAAGCUUGA